UUCUGCUUUUGUCACCAGUUGCCAAUUCUCCGAACAAGCAGAGAACAAUGUUCAAGCCUACAUCGGCCCUCUUCUCGGGUCUUCUCUGGAAGACCCCAUGGCGUAUCUCGCAACCCCAGAAAGCCCGCCAGCGUAAGCGCUUACGCUCUGUCGACCGCGUCGUCGAUACCCUCAGCGCCGCCCUGCAACGGAACGGCCAGAGCACGAAGGCUGUUGAGCGGUGGUACGCUGAGAUGCCCCGGGAGGAGGAAAUGGUGCCUAAGGACAAGUACACCAUCUUUGACAAGAAGGAGAAGACGUACCGAAAGGGACUUCACAAACUGCCUAAGUGGACACGAGUGAGCCAGCGAGUUAACCCUCCGGGUUUCUAAACGUGUUAUUGAUUACAACCUUUGAUUGCUGGGCGAAAAGCGGCUACUGUCGUAUUUACAAAUGCAUAUAGAACUUCUUUGUACGAUACAUCACAAAACACACUGGCCGGGGAUACUGGCUAGAAAAGAUUAUAGGAAGGAUAUCCGGAGUUAUUGGCAGUCGGGAAUUUAACUUAUUCACAACGUUUUAUUAACCCUGAGUUUAUCUCAAUACACGAUUCGAC